AUGUCUUCCCGAGCGCUUCGUAAACUGCAGCGCGAGCAGGAGUUGCAAAGACAAGUCGAAGCCGCCAAAAAGGCCUAUGAGGAGGCUGAAGAGUCAGAGGAAGAAGACGACGUACCAGAACCCGUCUCUGCGCCGUCUCGCCCAAAGAAUGCUUUUGACAUGCUGGAUGGCGCUGAAGACGAAGAAGAAACGGAUGAGGAUAAUGAGACGUCGGUAGUGCCACCAGAAACCUCCGCAAAAUCAGAGACCCAGCCCACAUCCGAUCCCUCACCACCUCCUCCCGCGAAGUCAAGGAAGAAAAAGAAGAAGCCAAAGAAGAAGGGAAAGACUAAGGCCGAGGUAGUCGAGGAGCAGAAGGAUGAAUCUGGAGACGAGGUUGAUCGAGCACUCAAGGCGUUGGCUGCACAGAGUGGUCGAAAACACGCUGCGCCAUCAGAUACUCCGAACACACCCAGCUGGGAAUCAAGAGCCACAAAACUACUGGCAGUCGACGCUCACAAUCUUAAUCCGGUCAACGAAAUGAAGAGUCUCUUUGGCAGUAUCGCCCUGGAAGGUCAGGAAUCCCGCUCAUCACCCCGCAAUCAGCGCCGCCGCGAACAGAAUCAACAACCGGGUGGCGUCGAUCUAGCCACUGCGCUGACUGGAAGAUAUUCCACUGCGAGCAGAGGCAAAGAAUUGGGAGCUCUGGCGCAUAGACGAAAUGUAUUCGUCCAGGGGAAAGAAGAAUGGCCCCUGGCUAAUAGUGGUGGGUUGAGCAUGGAGUUGGUGAAAGCCGAUUCUGAAUCAAUGGAUACCAACGAAAAGCGAUACAAUAUCGUACACAACAAUGUCUACCGCGAGACACAAGCACACUUCCGCCUGGCAGUCGAAAUGAUGGAUCCCCAACGAAUGAUCGGCUUGUUGUCAAUGUACCCUUACCACAUCGCUACCCUGCUACAAGUCUCCGAAAUCGCCAAACACCAGGGCGAUCACGCGGUAUCCGGGGAUCUGGUAGAACGGGCAUUAUUCUCGUUCGGCAAAUCAGUACACAGCACAUUUCCGGCCGCUUUGCGAAAUGGUACUGCUCGUGUAUCGUUCGACAAGCCGGCCAACCGGGAACUGUACCUCGCAAUCUGGCGACAUAUCAAGAACCUCGAAAUGAGGGGCACCUGGCGGACUGCCUACGAGUGGGCAAAGAUCCUCCUUCAACUCAACCCGUUGACGGAUCCUUAUGGUGUCACUCUAAUGAUCGAUCAACUCGCCCUCAGAGGCCGUCAGCAUGCUCAACUUAUUGCGCUGUGCUCAGAUGACGCCUACGGCCAGGCUUGGGAUUUCCUGCCUAACAUCCAAAUCUCGUUGGCUCUGGCCUACUUGCGAUCUGGCCAACCCCGAGACGCUCGCAAAUGCCUGGCCAUCGCAAUGCACAAGUACCCAUACAUUCUCUCCGCCCUGGCGUCCGCACUCGACAUCUCACCUUUGCCUAAGACUUUGUGGGCAAAACUUCCCACCACUGAUGCAGAGAAACUCUACACCGAGCUAUACGUUAGCCGCGCAAAAGACCUGUGGAAUACCCCUGAAACAAUCAGUCUCCUAGGCGAGGUCGCAGAAACCCUACCUCACUAUGGUGAUGCCAUCGCCGCAGCUCCAGAAGCACCCAAGCUGGAGAUCUCGCUCGAGGAAGCCCGACAUAUCAUGCUACUCGAGAUUCCGGAGUUAAUCGCCCUGCUCCCCCGCAAAUUCACCUCCAUGCCUACCUCUUCCUCCGAUGUCCUCCCCCCACCAGACUCACAAUCUGACUUCGUCGCUCGGGCACCUGGAUCUGGUCCGCGGGGAGUGGACGCAACGAUGCAAACCAUCUUCAAUGCUGCGGGUGCCACAGCUGGUACGGCAGGGAGUCUCCUCACCCGCAUCAUGAACUGGUUCAACACCCCUGCCACCGCAGCCGACACGCUCGGCGAGUCCGAAGGACAAGCUGCACUCAGAGGACUUCAAGAAGGUCUUGGCGGGGAUAUUCCUCCUGAGAUGAUUGAGGAAUUUUUGCAGAUGCAAAUCGAGGACGCGGAGGGCCAAGAUUUGGGCGAGGGUAUCACUGCUGCUGGACUAGGUCUCGCUGAGGGGCGUGAUUACUAUCUCCAGAUGGACAGCGAGAAUUCUACACAAGAUGACGACCAGAGCGAUAGCAUGCCCGAAUUGGAGAGUAUCCCUGAAUCGGAUACGGCAGCGGCAUCUGCAACCCAGCCAUCGCAUGCAGCAAUGGUUGAAGAUGUAGAUGAUGACGACGAAGCGGGCCGGCAGGCAACACAGCGACGCCCAUUACCUGCCAAUCGGGGGAUCCUUCGACACGUUGAUUCCGAGGAUGAAGAUGACAGUCCGAAUCAUUUGGCGUCACCAGCCCAGGUUUCCGGACCUUCUUCGCAACGGGCCACAGCCCCUCAAGCACCAUCCACCAAUAGCCAAGGCCCUGCGGCACCGGCGCAAGACCAGGAGUUGUCAGAUCCGCAACGUCUCCAACGCUGGCUCCUCACUACGGGUCUCGCGGACCUGCAGGACAGGCCUUCUGAUCCCCAAGCGCUGAGAAGUUACAUGGAGCGACUGAAGAUGCUGCCCGACCGACAGCAAGAUUGGAUCGUCAGGAUGGUCAGGCAGCGUGCUGGCGAGGAUGUUGAGAGGAAAGUAAGAGACGCAAUGGCGAGACUCGCAUAG